UUAUUAUUAUUUAUUUAAAAAAAAAGAUGAUUUCGCCCCGGCGUAAAGCGCGCAGCUGCCGCUAGGUAAUCAGAAAGGCGAUGUGUUAUGUCUGCACAGCAAGUCUGACAAUCAGAGUCGGCUUUUGGGGAAUGAUAGGACCUAGAUUGUAAUAAGUGUGUUUGUAAAGAGCUCAAGGUCACUAACAGCUUCGGGUCCGUGCUCACGUUGGCAGUGACCGCGCGGGCGGGAGAGGCGGGAGGAGAUAUAACAAUCUAUUUACGUUAUUAUAUCAAGGGCCGAACAUUUGGCUCAUCAAAGCUAAAUGCCGCAAGACCUAUCUAGUUGCUUUGAAUUAUACCCAGGCGACAAUGGAGUGCUUUUUUUAAAUGGUACAAUGCAUUUCACCUCGCAGAUAGGGGGGAGUGAAAGCUAAAAUAUGAGCCUGCCCUGUGAUGUCGUUUUGUGAUCAGUAUCAGCCGACGUGUUUAUCCCUAAAGAGGCAGAUUAAAUAAAAGAUUCUUUCUCGGGGAUGUGCGCGGUGCAGUUAGCGGCGCAAUGUUUAAAGGACAAACGUGACACACUGGGACACUAUUUCCCCCUCGCUACAAGAAAAUGAACAAGUCAAUCAUAUGGACGCCUCAUUAUUCAUUGAACACAAUCUUUUACAACGCUUCAUUUACACCGAGAGUUUCUUCAAUGCUUUGCCUUUACAAUUAAGGUUGCCAGCCAUGACCCAUCAUCAUUGAUCUGUGAGGGUCUGAGAACCAGAGGCUGGAACCUUGGCAUGAAGAUUGGCACAGUUGCCCUCUGAUCGCUCAGCAAGACACAAUCGUGAGAGCAAAGUGAAAAUCCUCCUGUCAAAAGCCUUUGGCGUGCAGAGCCCAGCGUUCCAAUCACUGGUGAUCUACAACCAGUCAGACUGUCCUAACACAAGUAUGCAGCCCCCUUGCUAAGGGAUGGAGGAAGCAAGUCUGUGCCUUGGUGUAUCUUCAGCAGUGCCUGAGACUGAUGUACAGCUCAACAAGCCUGUACUGAAUGGCCAGUAUCCCAUCAGCCAGAAGCUGCACCAAUUGACCACGCAACUGGGCCAUGCCUUCCCUGAGCUGCAGAGCAGAGGCAGCUUGGAGGAGAAGACAGCGAGCAUCAUCCUGGAGGGGAACCGCCAACACACAGCAGCCAACCAGCCCAUCAGCAACCAAAUGACCCUGCUGGCCAACCAACUGAACACAGACAUUGAUGCCAGCUUGGGGAUGAACGGUCGCGUGGACUUACAGCACUUCUUGAACGGCCAGAACCUUGGCAUCAUUUCGCAGAUGAACGGGACGGACGAUGAUGCCAAGAAGUCUAGGAAGUACCCGUGCCCAAUCUGUGGCAAGCGUUUCCGCUUCAACAGCAUCCUGUCCUUACACAUGCGCACGCACACUGGCGAGAAGCCCUUCAAAUGCCCCUACUGUGACCACAGGGCAGCUCAGAAAGGCAACCUGAAGAUCCACCUUCGUACCCACAAGCUGGGCAACCUGGGCAAGGGGCGUGGGAGGGUGCGGGAGGAGAACCGGCUGCUGCACGAGCUGGAGGAGAGGGCCAUCCUGCGGGACAAGCAGAUGAAGAGUGGUCUGGGGGUGGCCAGAGUGGACGGCAAGCCUCACCAGGCCGUGCUCAACUCGGGCAGCUUGCCCGCGCCGGUCAGCCAAGGUGGUGCCGAUGCCUCCACCGCGGUGACCACCACCAAGCCCGCGGGCGGUCAGGAGGAAGGGGCUGCCGCCACCAUGGUGGGCUUCAAGUGCACCUUCUGCAAGGGCAAGUUCAAGAAGCGCGAGGAGCUAGAGAGACAUAUCCGCAUUCUGCACAAACCCUACAAAUGCACUCUCUGUGAGUUUGCUGCCUCUCAGGAGGAGGACCUCAUCAGCCACGUGGAGAAAGCACACAUCACGGCUGAGGCCGUGCCAGGGCAAGGAGCCAGCGGCAACGGCGAACAGCCCGCCAACGAGUUCCGUUGCGAGGUGUGUGGCCAGGUCUUCAGCCAGGCCUGGUUCCUGAAAGGCCACAUGAGGAAGCACAAGGACUCCUUCGAGCACAGCUGCCAGAUCUGUGGACGGAGAUUUAAGGAGCCCUGGUUCCUCAAAAACCACAUGAAGGUCCAUCUGAACAAACUGGCCGUCAAGAACCCCCCUCCGAGUGACCCCGAGGUACCUGAGAACCUGAACAACAUGGUGCCAGAAUCCCACUCCAAUGUCUACUCUGCCUACGUGUCCUGUUUACAGAGUGGCUUCUUGUCUCCUGAUAAGUUGAACUUACAUGAACAGAGCCAGCUGCAUUACAGUAAAGCCGAGUUGGCUCGGAAGGAGAAGGAGAUGCUUGGGAAGCUCCUGGUGCCUGUAGGCAGCGCGGCCCGUGGUCUGAUAGAGGCAGAAAAGAGGUCUCUGUUGGGGUGUUUGACCUUGGCACCUCCUCUGAAGUCGAACUGCAUGGAGCGGCUGCAGGCGGUGGCCCGAGUGGCUGAGUUUGACCCUGUGAACAGCUACCAUGCCUGGCAGCUGGUGACCAGAGGGAUGGUGAUGGAGCCCAAGAAACAUCUCCACCUUGGGCAGGAGGAAGCCCAGCCCAGUGCAGGGGCCAGCCUGGACAAGGACAAGAGAGAGUUCAUCUUCACAGCCGGAGAGAAAGCAAAACAGAAGUUGGAUGGGGACCUGAUCCAAAGCCCAAAAAGAACCAACAUGAAUGACCUUUCUGGUAAAAAUGAUCUGAUGGGAAGCAGGGAGUUCAUGACACAAGGAAUGAGUCAAGGUCUGGAAUAUAAGGUUGGUGGAUUAGGGCAAAACCACGCAACGAUGAAGGAGAAGCCGACAGAGUGUCCCGACUGUGGGCGGGUGUUUCGAACCUACCACCAGGUGGUUGUGCAUUCCAGAGUGCACAAGAAGGGGAAGAAGCUGGGAGAUGAAGGAGCCCAAGGUGUUCAGGAUGAACGGCGUGGGUCUGGGAGUGACCAGGACUCCCAGUCUGUGAGCAGGUCCACCACCCCUGGGUCAGCCAACGUGACGGAGGACAACCUGACAUCAGGAGCGUUCUCUGUGACGGGGAGCACGCAGGAGGAUAGCCCCAACCCACCUUCUCCAUCCUCAGAUCUAGGAGAGGAGUUGGGAAGGACUGCAGGAACUCACCAGCCUUCUCUGCUGCUGAGGGACCGGGCCCAUGGAUCAGCCACCCGCGAUUGUCCCUACUGUGGCAAAUCGUUCCGAACCUCCCACCACCUGAAGGUCCAUCUGCGCAUACAUACAGGAGAGAAGCCGUAUAAGUGUCCUCAUUGUGACUACGCUGGGACCCAGUCAGCAUCACUGAAGUACCACCUAGAGCGUCACCAUCGCGAGCGGCAGAAUGGAACAAGUCCUCUGAUGGGGCAGACACACGCUCGGCAAGAACAGUCUGAUGACCCAGCAGCCAAGACUCAGAUGUUCAUCAGACCAGAGAUCCUGAGAGGGGUUAUGAAAAGUGUUCCUGGAUCUGACUCUAGGGGUGGCCUGACUCCUCAGCAAUGGCCACUGGGUGUACUUCCCUCCACAGAGUGCCAAGCCCACGGACCCAGUUGCACGUCGGAGCAGCAGUGUGACAAUCUCAAACCCACUGCUGAGGUGUCUGGGGAGGAGACGCCAAGCCUCUCCGAUCUUAGCCGAGCUUUCCAGAGCCUCGCCGGCAAUGGAGCCAACUUCCAAGGGUCAUUGCAAGCUUUCAUUGACACCUUUGGACUGAGAUCCUUGGAGAAAGAGAAAGAAAUGUUAGCCAGAGCAUACGGUGCAUCCACCAGCGUAAAGCCUUCCAACUCAACACUAACACUGGAGAAACACACAAAGAACGCAGGCUCUGACGAGAGUGCAGGAAUGGUUGAAGAUCAGUCUUCUGAGGAGAAAUCUAUCAUCAAAUCCAAGUCAACCGCAGAAAAAUCCCAGUACGAACCUUUGGAUUUGUCUGUGAGACCCCCAUCACACGAUUGUGUCUCAAUCCCUGGUGCCUCCGUCACCGUUCAGGAUAACAUCACUUGGCAUGGUUGUCUCUUCUGUUCCUUCACAACUUCCUCAAUGGAACUAAUGGUUCUUCACCUGCAAGCUAAUCACCUGGGGAAAUCUAAACGGAAAGAACAUCUAUCUGGAGCAGCUGGAAACGAUCUUCAAGGAGAGUCUUCAUCUGUGGCCAAGAAAACUUGUUUGUCCAUUUCUCCUGUGGUUCCUAAGAAAGAUAUCAUCACAGCAAAAUUACUCGACAAGGCUGACUCCUCCCCUGAAAAAGUAUCUCAACAAGGCCAAUCUGCUGAAUCUUUGGGCGAUCACAAGAAGUCUUACUCGAGUCCAGUGGACUCCAGUCUGAGCUCCCUAGUCACUGACUUUUACAAACAAUUUCACAAAUAUUCAACUAGUAGCAGCCCAGGGACAUCAAUGCUGAGUUCCACCCAUGAUAAUGAACUGAAAUAUCUUCCUAGUAACGUGCUGAGUCUAGUUUCACCAGGGGCCUCGAGCUUGAGCCCGUCUGGUGAAAUGGGUGAAGCGGAGUGCAGUGAUGAUGCAGAGUCCGUCAAUGAUCAAGAUCCAGAAGAUCAAGAUGUGCUAGUUGACGCCAACCAGCCACCGUCAACCUCCGCCGAAGAAACGUCGGAUGAAGAAGAGCUGAUUGACAGUGCAUCUCUCUCGCAAGUCUCGCAGGGUCUUCUCAGCUCCAUGGGUAAACAACAAGGUGGACCUUGGCUUCUGCCAUCUCCCAAUGUACCACCAGGCCAGGCCCAGGUGCCUUCUCCGCUGGACCAACAGGUGGACAUGCUGUCAGUUCUGAGAGCUUACGGCACUGAGAACAUGGUGGCUUCCAAUGGUCCAGGAGGUAGCUCCACUUCCAACAGUAGCAGCAUUAAGCGAGCAGAUUCAGCAGCUACAAACUCGGACCACCAGCUAACAUGUGUCGUAGAAGAUGGGAUGACAGCUCUGACUAAUGCAAGGGAUCAGAACAAUGCAGGUACCCGGCCGUUCCAGUGCAGAUACUGCCCCUACAGUGCCUCGCAGAAGGGUAAUCUGAAGACACAUGUGUUGUGCGUGCACCGAAUGCCUUUUGACAACAGCCAGUAUCCAGACCGCAGGUUCAAACGGUCCAGAGUCGACACGGAGGCUACUGGGAUUGCAGAAGAAGCAGGUUGUGUGAACGCAGGGAGCUGUAGUGAACUGCCGGUGGAAGCUAGUCAGGAUCAAGACUAGUGCAAGGCAACGAGACAAUUACUCGCAAUAUACGGUUUUUUUUACUGAGCUUUUUGUUUUGACAUGUAGUCAGAAUGAACAAAUGUUUGUGGAAUUCCAAGGAAAUAACUGGUGGGCUGUUUUUAAUAUAUCUAUAUAUAUAUAUAUAUCCCAGUAUUGUGACGGAGAUUGUGUGAGAUGUCCACUUAUGCCAAGAGACUGCCGAACUGUUACCCAGCAACAAGUAUUUCAAAACAUCACAGGUGGGAAACUAAAGUGGCUGUAAAAGGUCACCAGCUACUUACUAACAGGCCGUUUGAAAGUUUAAAGUGGUGUAUGUCCGAAACGAAUGCUCUUAACAGAAAUGUGAUCGGAUCCGGGUGAUUUAGAGUCGGCUUGGUUAUGGGGGGGGGGGGCUGUGAAAACACCUUUAUUACACGACCCCUCCAAUCUGUUGCCAUUGGCUUAGCCCAGUAAUGGGAUGUGUGUGUUGGUGCCAGUCUGACUGAGGCUGAGAGAGAGAAACAAAAUGAAAAUCAAUGCGUGGUGUCCCUUCCUGUAGGCAGCAGUGUUGGGGAAACCCUAGCCGCCCAGUGCUGAUUGAGCCAUGCUGGACACAGACAGACAGACAGACCUAUGCGGAAGUGGGUCACAAUUUAACAUGCUCAUCCUGUGUUCUCAUUCACAGCCAAAUGUAUCAAAGGAAGAGGUGGCCGACAUAAAAAUGCUGGAGAAACUCAGCGGGUGAGGCAGCAUCUAUGGAGCGAAGGAAUAGGCCGAAACGUUGCUCCAUAGAUGCUGCCUCACCCGCUGAGUUUCUCCAGCAUUUUUGUCCACCUUCGAUUUUUCCAGCAGCUGCAGUUCUUUCUUAAGCAAAGGAAGAGGUGGGGAUCCGAUAGUCUUUUAUUUUUCGUUUAUCAGUUUGCAAAGUUGUGUGGGGGAAGGAAAAAAAACUUUCGAUUUUCUUUGACUUGAAGUAUUUUCCUUCUGUGGAGAAGUAGGUUUUCAACAGUGAAGUCGCACAGGGGAGGGGUGGGGAUGGGAGGUCACAGCCUUGGAGAGUGUUGGCUCUGACGAUAGAGGGCACUGGUGGGAAGUGGAAUAUCUGGAACGAGGGAAUUAUUCAGCUCGUUACUCCAAAACAAUUCCCGUGAGCGAACAUUCGUUAAUGUUUCCAAGUGUGAAAGACACAGUGCAGGAGUUUCUCCUGAAGAACAAGUAAAUGGAGACGUUGAGGAAGUCUAUUCAUCCACUAUUUCCUGCUCUGUAUGUAUCAAGAAUCACUUGUCAAUGUGUUGGUCUUUCCCCCUUGUUUUUUUUGUGCAACAGAAACAAUGGAAUUCGGUGGGGGUUUUUAAAUGAAUUUUAGCUUUUGUACAAUUCGGAAUCCGCAGAGUUUAAUUUUCACGGCGAUAGACACAACUCUUGAGGCAAAUGAUGCGACUAUGAAGUUGACCGGGGGGGGGGGGGGAGACUCUUGAGAUAAGCAGCAAAGUAUCACCACGAGAAUAGACAUCAAGUAAGCGUUAUACACUUGAUCUCAACGCCGCCUUCAUCAACAGCGAAAGAGGUGCCCCAUCUCCAGACAAUUGUCCAGGGGCAGUGUAUUCUGGAGAGGAGUAUGACUCUAGGUCGUGUAGGCUGCAGAGAGCAGAGAAGAUAUCACUGGGCCUUAACACCUCUGCUCUGCCUAACGUAGUUUGCGGUGGUCACAAACUGCAAGCUUUAAUUUGUGUAAAUAAUAGUAAAAAACAAAUAAGCCGAGUACUAACCUGAGAGAAUGAUAAAUAUUGGCCGAGGCCACACCAACAGUGGGCGAGACUGGGGGGGGGGGGGUCACUAACUUAACACCCACCUGGCAAAUGGCAAGAUGGUUUUAUGGUUUUUUUUUUAGUAUAGUUCUCACUGCCUUACUUAAACCCAGAUGAUAAACUCAAUGCAACUGUUUCUAAAGAUCCCAAUGUGGGAUCGAGAUGUUAUUAAAAACAUUUCAGAACGACUGUAGUAAGCUUUAGGAUAUUAACUGCACUACCGUGUUUGGUGACUGUCAGUCGCUUGCUUUCGUGUAUGUGUGUGUGGGUGUGUGAGUGAGGGGGUGUGUGAGAGCGUGUGAGCGUGUGAGAGCGUGUGUGUGUGUGAGUGUCUGUGUGUGAGUGUGUGUGUGUGUGUCUGUGUG